AUGGAUUACAUAAAAAGAAACACCAAAUUGGGGGUGAAAGUUGAUUUGAGGAAAGUAACAGGAAAUCGAACCGAUUCAAAAGGACUAUUAGAUCUUUUGUGCAAAACUUAUCAAACCAUGUUAGAUGAAAAAUCCAUCCCUCAUUUCGUCUUAGAUACAACAAUGACAGGGAUCGCAUCUGAAACCGUAAAAUCUUUCUCAAAAGCUUUACAAAUCCCAACAAUUUCCGGUUCGUACGGCCAAGAAGGUGAUUCCCGUCUAUGGCGAUCGUUAGAUGAAAAACAAGAAGAGUAUUUAAUUCAAAUAAUGCCACCAACUGACAUGAUCCCCGAAAUAAUCCGAACGAUUGUAAUUAAUCAAAACAUUUCAAACGCGGCGAUUUUGUUCGAUAAUUCUUUCGUAAUGGAUCAUAAAUAUAAAUCGCUCCUUCAAAACGUUCCAACUCGGCACAUAAUCGCGCAUAUCGUUAAUUAUUUUGUGUUGGCUCGAUUGGUUAACAUCAAAAAAGUUUUAGAUGCCGCCGAUGCGAUUAAUUAUUUCAACAGAAAGUUUGCCUGGCAUGCGAUUACUCAAGAUAAAGGCGAUUUAAAGUGUUGUUUUAACAUAAUUGAAGCACAAACGACUCAAAAUUUAAAUGUUAUUUAUGUAAACGAAGAAGACAACGAUGUAGCUGAUAAAUCAAUAGAAGUCGCGAUGGAUUACAUAAAAAGAAACACCAAAUUGGGGGUGAAAGUUGAUUUGAGGAAAGUAACAGGAAAUCGAACCGAUUCAAAAGGACUAUUAGAUCUUUUGUGCAAAACUUAUCAAACCAUGUUAGAUGAAAAAUCCAUCCCUCAUUUCGUCUUAGAUACAACAAUGACAGGGAUCGCAUCUGAAACCGUAAAAUCUUUCUCAAAAGCUUUACAAAUCCCAACAAUUUCCGGUUCGUACGGCCAAGAAGGUGAUUCCCGUCUAUGGCGAUCGUUAGAUGAAAAACAAGAAGAGUAUUUAAUUCAAAUAAUGCCACCAACUGACAUGAUCCCCGAAAUAAUCCGAACGAUUGUAAUUAAUCAAAACAUUUCAAACGCGGCGAUUUUAUUCGAUAAUUCUUUCGUAAUGGAUCAUAAAUAUAAAUCGCUCCUUCAAAACGUUCCAACUCGGCACAUAAUCGCGCGUAUUCAAGAUGUUUCCACGUUAAAAGAUCAAUUACAAAAUUUAAGAAAAUUAGAUAUCGUUAAUUAUUUUGUGUUGGCUCGAUUGGUUAACAUCAAAAAAGUUUUAGAUGCCGCCGAUGCGAUUAAUUAUUUCAACAGAAAGUUUGCCUGGCAUGCGAUUACUCAAGAUAAAGGCGAUUUAAAGUGUAAUUGUAGAAACGCUACGAUCAUAUUCGCGAAACCAACGUUGGAUCCGAAAUAUCAAGAUCGAUUGGGGAUUAUUAAAACUUCUUAUCAAUUAACUUCCGAGCCGGAAAUAACCGCCUUUUUUUAUUUUGAUUUGGCGCUACAAAGUUUUUUAGCAAUUAAAAACAUGAUUAACUCUGGUUCUUGGCCUUCCGACUUGAGUUUUAUUACUUGCGAUGAUUUCGAUGGAAAAAAUUCGCCUGAAAGGCCCGAUAUGAAUAUAAAAAGCUUUUUUUAUAAAGACUCAACUGAAUCCCCGACUUAUGGAUUGAUUACUUUGUCUCAAAAUGGGCAUAGUUUUAUGGAGUUUAGCAUGCAGUUAUCAUCGGUGGGUGUUCGAAGUGGCUCUUCGGAUAAAUCGGUUUUAUUAGGUUCGUGGAAAGCUGGAUUUAAUAAUAAUUUAUCGUUAAUAGACGCGCAAGUUAUGCAGAAUUACACAGCUGAUAUAGUUUAUCGUAUUUCAACCGUAAUUCAAGCUCCUUUUAUAAUUGAAGAUCCGGAUUCUCCAAAAGGAUAUUCCGGUUAUUGUAUCGACUUAAUCAAUGAUAUCGCGACUAUUUUAAAAUUUGAUUAUGAAAUAUAUGUAGCUCCCGAUGGAAAAUUCGGAAAUAUGGACAUAAAGGGUAAUUGGAACGGGGUUGUUAAAGAAUUAGUGGAGAAACGAGCCGAUAUCGGGUUAGGAUCGAUGUCCGUUAUGGCUGAAAGAGAAAACGUAAUCGAUUUUACAGUUCCUUAUUACGAUUUAGUCGGAAUUACUAUUUUAAUGAAACUCCCCACGACUCCAACGUCCCUAUUCAAGUUCUUAACCGUUUUAGAAAAUGAUGUUUGGUUGUGUAUUUUAGCUGCGUAUUUUUUUACAAGCUUUUUAAUGUGGGUUUUUGAUCGUUGGAGUCCAUACAGUUACCAAAACAACCGUGAGAAAUACAAAGACGACGAAGAAAAGCGCGAAUUUAAUUUAAAAGAGUGCCUUUGGUUUUGCAUGACGUCUUUAACGCCUCAAGGCGGUGGCGAAGCGCCGAAGAAUCUUUCGGGGCGAUUGGUAGCAGCAACUUGGUGGCUUUUCGGUUUUAUCAUAAUCGCUUCAUACACGGCUAAUUUAGCCGCGUUUUUAACCGUUUCAAGAUUGGAUACUCCCGUCGAAUCUUUAGAUGAUCUCUCUAAACAGUACAAAAUCCAAUAUGCACCUUUAAAUGGGACGUCUUCGAUGACUUAUUUCGAUAGGAUGGCUAAUAUCGAAGCUAAAUUUUAUGACAUUUGGAAAGAUAUGAGUUUAAAUGAUAGCCUUUCGGAUGUUGAGCGAGCUCAGUUAGCUGUUUGGGAUUACCCUGUAAGUGAUAAAUACACCAAGAUGUGGCAAGCAAUGAAAGAAGCUGGAUUGCCGAAUACGUUGGAUGAAGCCGUGGAGAGAGUGCGCGAAUCUAGGUCUUCUAGCGAAGGGUUUGCUUUUCUUGGGGAUGCCACUGAUAUUCGAUAUUUGGAGCUAACUAAUUGCGAUCUUCAAAUGGUUGGGGAAGAGUUUUCUAGGAAACCGUAUGCGAUUGCGGUUCAACAAGGAUCUCCGUUAAAAGACCAAUUUAACACGGCAAUUCUUCAACUAUUAAAUCGUCGCCAAUUGGAGCGAUUAAAAGAAAAGUGGUGGACGAAUAACCCCAAAGCGAUGAAAUGCGAUAAAUUAGAUGAUCAAUCCGAUGGAAUUAGCAUUCAAAACAUCGGUGGUGUUUUUAUAGUGAUUUUCGUCGGGAUUGGGUUGGCUUGUAUCACUUUGGCGUUUGAGUAUUGGUGGUAUAAGUAUCGAAAAGGUGCAAAAGUUAUUACGGUUCAAGAAGUCGCCCCGCAAAACGUAACAAAAAUGGUGAAGAAGUCGAAAAAUGAGAAUCUUUCGAGGAAGAGUAGUAAAUUAUAUCCGAGAUCAAGGUUUUAA